UCGGUUUGUUUACUUUUUGUAUUUAUCAGUUCAAAUAUCGAGUGCAUAAAAUGCAUUCCCCUUCAUCCGUGCCAGUCACCGCUUGCAGUGUCUUUUAUCAACAGUAUUAAUAUAAGAUCGGAAACAUGAAAUUAUUGCUACUGGCUGUGGUGAUUCAUGUACUGUUUUUGCUGUCCAUUUUCUACAUCCACUUCCAAUCACCGAUACUGAAAGGGCUUCCGGAGGGAGCAGAGCAUGAUCAACCACCGGCCGACCGGUUGGUGCUAUUCGUUGGGGACGGCCUGAGAGCCGAAUCAUUUCUGAAGCACAAUCUAAACCGUACCGACUUCUUACGGAACACGCUACUGAACCGGGGUGUGUUUGGAAUAUCGAGCACCCGCGUUCCAACAGAAUCGCGACCCGGACAUGCCGCUCUAUUGGGUGGCGUUUAUGAAGAUCCGAGCGCCGUGUUCCGCGGAUGGAAAGAGAAUCCGGUCGAGUUCGAUUCGGUGCUAAAUCGCACCACCGUCAGCUACUGCUGGGGUAGUCCAGAUAUAGUGCACAUGUUUUCUCGCGGGGCCACCCGCGGACGGGUGCACGUGGCCGCGUACGAUAGCAAUGAUGAAAGCUUCGCUCAAUCGGCCAACACCUCGCUGCUGGACAUUUGGGUGUUUGAUCGGGUGCGGCAGUUUCUCGGGAGCGAGCAAACGAAGCGCGAGAUUCUGUCGCAGAAAAAGGUUAUUCUGUUUUUGCACCUGCUCGGACUGGAUACGGCGGGCCAUGUGCACAAACCCCAUUCGGAAUUAUUUACAGAAAAUCUAGUCACUGUGGACCGAGGAAUUGAGUCCAUCGUGCAGCUGGUGGAGCAAGCAACAGCGCAUGACGGACGGACUGCGUACAUCUUUACAUCCGACCACGGUAUGACGGAUCACGGAUCGCACGGUGCCGGUCAUCCGCUCGAGACGGAUACGCCCUUUCUGGCCUGGGGUGCAGGAUUCAAACAUUGGAAAGAGACGAUUCCUGCACCGGGUAAUGACCAUGUUUUGGAGCUGGACAAGCAAAGCAUACCGGUGCAUCACAUCAACCAAGCGGAUGCGGCUCCACUAAUGUCGGCCGUACUAGGUAUAAGUGUGCCAAAGAAUAGUUUAGGACGUUUGCCUCGUGCUUUGCUGAACGUGUCAGAGGAGUAUGCAGCCUGGGCGAUGCGUAACAAUGCGGAGCAGCUACUCGCUCAAUACUACCGCUGGCAACGGGAAUCCGAGGGCAAAAUGUUGCAGUGGUUUGAGAGCACAAAGCAAACUAGCUUUAAGGUGUUGAUAGAAGCGCUACAGACAGAGAUUGCCGACGCAACCCAACGGAAACAGUACACCGAAGUGCAAUCGUUGUGCAAAAUGCUUAUCGAUACGACGCUGGGCGCCAUCGAAUACUUUCAAUGCUACUACAAACCCCAUCUGUUGGUGGCACUCACGCUGACCAUGCUGGGCUGGCUGUUGCUGCUUGCUAAGGAAACCUUUUCACCAGCGAAAAACCGUGUAUUCGCGCCCAGUCGACCCAUUGCCGUUACAGCCGUGAUAGGGGCUCUAUUUGUACUGAUUUUUAACAUCGCACAAGGCACACCGUCCGUGGUAAUUUUGUACCUUGUAAUGCCCGUCACACUUUGGGGCUACAUUGGUGCGCACUGGCGACAGUACGCGCCGCUCUUGCGCGGAACAACCGUGAUGUAUGCUGCCGGAUUCAUUGUCGCCGCAGAAGCAUUGGUGUUAGCAUUUCUAAAUCGCCGAAUACUAGCACCGUUGCUAUGGAUACAUUGCCUGAUCGUGAUAAAACCAAAGCUCCAACAUAAAGGCAACGGAUGGGUAGCACUACAAUGGAUAGGGUGCAAUUUGCUUCUGUCUGGAUUUUUCUUGCUUCCCACCGUCGUUGGGCGUGACAAUUCCAACGUGUAUCUGUUGUGCCUUUCAAUCACCGUGUGGACCAUAACCAAUGCUGCCGUGGUGUAUGGAUCGAAGCAAUCUUCCAUCUAUAAAGGCACGGCACUGCUGGUGCAAGCACUGCAAGCAUUGAAUUUAUCCUACCUCAUCUAUCUUAUCGAGGGAUCGGCUACCGUGCCACAGUGGAGCAGAUGGUUGUGUUGGAUUUUCUCCGCUUUUGGACUGCUGCUUCCAUUCUGCACGGGUACUUCGCUUCCGGAUCGCAUCCUAGCGCUGUUUAGCGGUUUAAGCGGCCCGUACACGAUGCUUUCACUUUCCUACGAACCAUUGUUCUUGCUGUGCUUCUGUCACACACUCUACCUGUGGCUCGGUGUGGAAAACAGCACUCGCAACAAGCGGAUAAAGCUGGAUGGAUUCUUUUUUUCCUCCUCUUACCGUCCGGAGGGAAGCAUCGACUUCGAUCAGACACGGCGCACGUUUGGCUUUGUAUGUUGCAAACGUUGUGAGCUCGAGCAAGCCUCUGUGCGCUUCAUGAUGUGCUUUAUUGUAUCGUUUCAGAUGCUCUUUCUUCUAGCAUCCUUCUUUGGGACGGGCAAUUUAGCCACGGUCAGCUCGUUCGAUCCCAACUGGGUCCGGUGUUUCGUGGCCACCUUUGCGCCAUUCACGAUGAUGGCGCUGAUUGUGCUGAAGCUGCUCAUACCGGUGCUCUUGCUGGUAUGCGUCUUGAAAGCAAUCGGUAUCGUAUGUUCGGUACAGAAGGCGAAAAUGUUUAGCCUCACACUGCUUGUGUGCGAUUGGAUGUGUUUGAACUUUUUCUUUCUCGUCCAAAACAAAGGCUCGUGGAUGGACAUUGGAUCUUCCAUCUCGCACUUUGUCAUUCUCGAGUGCACGACAAUCGUGGUCAUGAUGCUGUACGAGUUCGUUCGCCUCGUGACUGAAGUUUCACUCGCUUCAAACCGCUCCGGCCAACGACACUCGUUGGAAGAUUUUAUCCCAUCCCAGAACUUGCCAUAUUCCAAUAAAGAGAGAAUUGAGUAGAGCCGCACCACUUACGACGA